AUGAGCUCAACGGGGCCAUCGAGAAGACGCGCGUUGCACUAUUGGAGCACAAAAGCCAACCUACUCAGGCAAGCUUUGAAGCCAACCAGAAACAAUGCACAGAAUACAGCUAGACGAUGUGCGAAUAACUAUUGGCUCAAGAUGUGCAAGAGCAUACAGUUAUUAUUCGAAACCGGUGACAUUUGCAGGAUUCUGAUUUUUCUUCACAUUAUUAUUUUUCUCUUACUUCUUCUACACUUUUUCUUUUUCUUCUUAUUUUUUCUCUUUCUUUUUUUUUGUCCUUUUCUUCUUAUUUUUCUUUUUUUAUUUUCUUCUUUUUCUUCUUCUAUUUACUCUUUCUUUUUUGUCCUUUUCUUCUUAUUUUCUCUUUUUCUUUUCUUCUUUUUCUUCUUCUAUUUACUCUUUCUUUUUCUUUUUGUCCUUUUCUUCUUAUUUUUCUCUUUUUCUUUUCUUCUUUUAUUUUUUCUUCUCUUCCUUAAUUUCUUCUUCAUUUUAUUUCUUUCUCUCCAGCACAUUUCCAAUAAAAAUUUCUUAUUUAAGUUAAUAUUUCUCUUCGUAAAGUUGCUUCUCUUUUUAUCUCUUUCUGUAACUGAUACAUACGAAUUCGUUUCGCCAUCUCACCUCCCAAUUUUCUCACCAACGCUGUUUUCUUUCCAAUUUUUUUUUCUUCGUUUCGAAACUGUUCUUUACACUUUUCUUUCUCUCUGUUGA